GGUGGGAGUUGGAGUGUCGGAGGAUGACGAGGUGCAGGAUGUUUUGGACAGGUUGGGGGCGGACAGCGAGGGAGGACAGUGUGGCGGUGAGGACGAUGAGAUGGACACAGGGGCGGAGGGUGGGGGCGAGGGACUGAUGGAGGAGGACGGUGAGGACGAUGUUAAGGAGUUAGGAGCGUCCCUUCAGGGGGGAUCAUUGAAGGCAGGACGCACUGCUCAUCAGACAAGGACUCGUGCGCCUAUGGAUGGCUGUGGGAAGAAGAGGGCGGACACCGCUCCUGCGGCACGCAUGCCGGACCCGAAACGUUUGAAGCAGGUUAGGCUGGAUGAGAUGUACGACCUGGAGUGGCAGACCACCUUCGACCAUCUCUUCUUGCAGUGGUGGUAUAUUGGCGGUGUCCCAUUUGAGAGGGCGAGGAUGCCCGAGUACAGGGCCCUCACGAGACAUUUGCAGAACAUGCCCCGGGGCAUGAAGCCCACUUUGCCCCAGUUCAAGCGCAUAGCAGGCAGUGGCAUACAGGAGGAGCGUGCGUACAUAGCUAAUAAACUAUGUGACAUACGCGAGCAGAUGCAGCACACAGGGGCUACCAUCCUCACGGAUGGGAGGAAGUCCCUGAACUCUGAGCCCAUCAUGAACUUCCUAGCAGCAGGACAGUCGGGCGCCUUCCUUUUCACGACGGUGCGCAGGGAAGGGGUUGACGCAGAGAUGUCAGACGUCGUCUUGCAGCGCUGGAAGAAGGUGUUCGAGAAGUUCGGCGUGAAGAACAUCAACGCCAUCUGCACGAACUCUGCAUCAGUUUAUGUCGCCGCCGGUCGAGCGCUUUGCAACGAUCCGGAUCCAGAUAUCCGUCACAUCCCUUGGCUCCCUUGUUCUGUCCAUUGCUGCAACUUGAUGUUGUCAGACAUGGUCAAGGAUAAAACAUGGGCCAUCGAGUUGUUGACUAGGGCGAGGGCGGUUGUCCGAUUCAUUAGAUGUCACGGAUCGGCUCUCACAUUGUUCAGGAGUUACAGCGCGAGGGCCGAUCGCGAUGCACGUGCGGACCGUUUGGGUGGCAGCGCCGCGGGCGGAGAGGGGAUAGUGGGCAGACCACGACGCGGCCGAGAGUUGUUGAACCCCUGCCAGACGCGAUUCGCGUCUAUGUACAUCAUGAUGGAGAGGUUGCACGACCACAGGGUUCCACUUGAGACGAUGAUGUUGGAAGGGGAUUGGGCGCGACUUCCAUGGGAGAGGAGGUUGCUCGGGAAGGCCGGGUGGGUGCGCACGCAGGUGCGAUGCGGGCUGUUUUGGGAGGAGAUGGAUGAUCUCAUCGACGUCUUCACCCCGGUCGUGCAGUUGUUGAGGAUGUUGGACCAGGGGGGUUUGGUGAUCUCUUGCAUCUUUCGGUGGGUGACCCAGUUGGCCGAGGAGAUUCGGAAGUUGGAGUCGACGAGACCUCGCCUGGUUGGCAUGCUGCAGGAUUGUUACGCUCGUGCAUGCCAUCUGCUCGAGCCCGCCCAUGCUGCCGCCCAUCUUCUCAAUCCCAAGAGGCGGAACUUCGUUUACUUCCAGUCUCCGAGGCGCACCGAUCAGCAGAAGAAGGUGGCGGAGAUGACACUUGAGUACAUCUACACGCAGACGGGCUUCGACCGACAGGGAGACAUGUACAGGUUGGUCCGUCAGCAGUUGUACGACUUCCACGCGCGCGGGCCGAGGUAUGAUUGGGGUGGAGAUGCAGGCACUGGAGACGAGGACACGUGCGAGGGGCCGGAUGAGACACAAGCCAUUGCUGAUUGGUGGGUUCUGCACGGCAGCUGUGCCCUUGAGCUGUGUGCCAUCGCCACACGUCUUAUGUACACGUGGGUCUGCGCCUCUCCUGCAGAGAGGAACUGGGCGUUGCACGAGCGUAUCCACGAGAAGCGCCGCAACGGGUUGGACUUCACAAAGCUGACUGAAAUGGUGGAGAUGUGCGCGAACAAGAAGCUCCUGGCGUGUAGACAGAGGAGGAGGGGACUUGUUCUCUCAUGGGGUGAUCUUGAGGAGGGGUUGGACGACGUCCCGGAGCCGUGCAGAUCAGGCACUCUGCCGCCGGGGUCAUUGACGGAGGAGGAGAUCGCGCACCAGGCGCACAGGAUGCAGCCUCAUAUCGAGCUGUACCACGAGGAGAUCGAGUACGAUCCACCCACGGACCCGCAUGCUGCAGACGAGAUGGAGGAAGAGCCCUUGACGGACCCGAAGGACUUGGAGAAGAGAGGCAGUGACACGCCUGAUGUUGGUGACGAGUCUGACGACGGAGAUGCCGCCGAUGACGAGGACUCCGACGUCGAGAGAGAGGGACCCAACCGGGUCAGAGGACAUGGGGACGAGCAUGGAUUCGACGGCGGUGACGGCAGUGGGCCGAUUGAGGACGGAGCGGGUGGCGCCUUCCUUGUUACUCCUGGCCGCAGUGCAGCGGGCGGGGGUGGUAGCGGCGGACAUGGAUUUGGUUUGGAGGUACCGCAGGGAUCAAUUCCCUCAGGCAUUUUCAGUGAUGGCUUCGACCUUGGACGUCCACCCACUUCAGAUGCUCGGCGCGGCGGGGUGCGUGUUCAGACACCGGUGAGCGAAGUCGCACACCUCAUAGGGUCGGUUUUUGGUGGUGCUAGUUCAGGUUUGUUGACAAAGGCUGCCAGAGCGUCAGGCGAGAUACAGGAGGGCAGGACUGGUGACGACGUCGGUCAUGUUGCCAGGAGGCUACAUAUGGACCUCGAGGACGUGCUUGAGGAGGAGCGUUUGGCACGGAUGGUGUCGGGGUGUGCCACGACACAGCGGCUUGCGUUGGAGCUGGACACAACCAGGGCAAGGGAGAUGGGGUGUAGUGUAGAGGAGGUCACUACCGCCAGACUAGCAGCAGACUGUAGACACGGUGGUCCUGCAGAUGUUGCAGAUGGUGGAGGACUCUGCAUAGAGGGACACGUGGUGGAUCGUGCAAAUGACCACCAAGAGGACGCGAGGGUGGAUAGAGCACUUGUCGGCGUUGCCGUUGCCGCAAUGGAGGAUGUGGUCGUAGUGGAUCACACUCAGGAUGGUCUUGUCGCGGUGGAUGCUAUGGUUGCACAUCGCAACGAGGAGGAGAGACAGGUGGACCCCGGGGACGUUGUUGCACACCCUGCAGAGGCACACGUGCCCAGCAUGUCCCCACUCGAGCGCCACACUGCUGGGAUUGAUCGAGUGAUGGGCAGGAGCAGGCAUAUAUCGAAGAGGCUUUGGAAGGCUGUGCCUCCAUCUUCUUUCGUGCCUGUUAGUCCGCCAGCACCCUCGGGGGUAUCGGGGGAUAUUGGGAAGACUAUGGAGAUGGCCGACUUGUUCGAGCAGUUGACAUGUCAGAUGGUUAUCGAGCCGGGAGGGGUAUCAUGGGGAGCAGGACCAGUUGCUGCAGGGACACGACCAGCAUGUGCAGGGCCGGUGAGUGGACGGGGAGGUGAGUCUGGUGGCAGUGUUGUGGGCGGGGGAGGUGGUCCCGCAGUUGUCGGUGGACGGUGGGGCCUUUCGGGCGGGAGUGUUGGUUGGGGAGAGGGUUCUGCUGCGCCGGCGACGGCAGGAGGGCGCGGGCAAGUGCAGGGUUCUCCAUCACCUUCAUCAAAGGCGAAGGGGAAGUCUGUAUCGUGGAGCGGCAUCAGCAAGGUCACCCGCAAACUCAAGGAUGCUAUGCCUGGGGUCACGGAUGAGAGGAGGGAUCGUGAGGGGAGGUUGACAGAGAUGUUUGCGGACGCAGCAGGCUGGGUACAGAAGGGAGACAGGUUGGAGCAUCCUGGUGUCGGGUCGUCGUGUGCUGCAGAUCGACGGGGCAGCACGAUGGUUGCACCGCCGUCACGACCGCCCACAGCAAGUGCGGCACAACGAGAUGGUCAUCGACGUCCGAAAGGGCGACCUUCCACACGUGCUUUGCCAGGUGCCCGACCACCCCCAGCAUUGGUGGAGGAUGACCCUGAUCUUGUCACUUUGCAGACGAGCCGUGGAGGUUGUAUUUCUACUGCACACAGGAUACUGGAUGAGGAGCCGCGACGUCAGACAGGUACAAGACCGGGCAGUUGUCGAGCUGCUAGGGGCCGCACGGAGGAUUCAACGACGGAUGGGGUGCCCAUGCCUAGGGGUAGGAAGACAUACACGACUCUGACUGGCGUUUUGGGAUGUUCUGCUGGAGGGGGUGUUGAGAGAGAGGCGGAGGUCCAGGAGGYAGAGAGGGUGGCAGCCAGAGCAGUUGCCAGUCAUGUCGUGUCUGCGUCACAGCUUCCAGGGGAGGGAGAGGAGACGACGGCGAAGGUGCCGCAAAGGCGGCGAGAGCGCAUCAUCGACGAUGAUGACACAAACGACGGACAGUGCGAUGCGCCGCCUGGGUUCAACGACGGCGACGACGGUGGGCCCUAUGACGACGGGGCAGGCGGCGCAUUCCUUGUUACUCCUGGCCCCGAUGCAGUGGGCGGGCAGGCUGCUAGAACGACAGGCGAGAGAGAGGAGGGCAAGCGCGGUGACGACGUCAUGCCUCUAUCGUCGGAUCGAGAUGUUGCCAGACGGCUAGACAUGGACCCUAAGGACGUGUUUGAGGGGGAGCGGUUGAGACUGAUGGUAUCGGGGUGUGCCACGACACAACAACUUGCAUUAGAGCAGGACACGACGAGGGCGAGGGAGAUGGGGUGUACUGUGGAGGAGGUCACUGCCACUAGAUUAGCAUCAGAGUGGGCGGUGAGUGGACGAGGAGGCAAGUCUGGUGACAGUGUUGGUGGCGGGGGAGGUGGUCGCACAGUUGUUGGCGGACAGCCCGACCUUUCAGGCGGGAGUGUUGGUGGGAGAGAGGGUUCUACAGCAGCGGCAACAACAGGAGGGCACGAGCAUGUGCGGGGUUCUCCAUCACCUUCAUCGAAGGCGAAGAGGAAGUCCGUAUCGUGGAGUGACAUCAACAGGGUCACCCGCAAACUUAAGGAUUCUAUGCCUGGGGUUACGGGUGAGAGGAGAGAUCGUGAGGGAAGGUUGUCAGAGAUGUUUGCAGACUCAGCAGACUGGGUACAAAAGGGAGAUAGGUUGGAGCAUCCUGGUGUCAAGUCGUCGUGCGUUGCUGAGGGACGAGGCAACAUGAUGGUUGCACCGCCGUCACGACCGCCCGCAGCAGGUGCGGCAUGGUCAUCGAUGUCCCAAAGGGCGAUCGUCCACACGUGCUUUGCCGGCUGCCCGACUUCCCUGAUCCUCUUAGGCUCUUACAUUGCAGAGCAGCCGUGGAGCUUGUCUGUCGACUGCGCACAGGAUACUCGAGGAGGAGUCGCGACGUCAGACAGCGACAGGACCGGGCAGUCGUCGAGCUCUUGGGGGCCACAUGGAGGAUUCCGCGGCGAACGGGGUGCCCAUGCCUAAGGGUGGGAAGAUGUAUAGUGGUACACCACCCUGACUAGCAUUUUGGGACGUUUUGUUGCACGGGGUGCAGAGAGAGAGACAGAGUCCAUGAGGCAAAGAGGAUGGCAACCGGAGCAGUUGGCAAUGAAGCCGCGUCUGCGUC